GAAAAUGUUUGGGAGCGCUGAAUACUUUGAUGAAAUUGCUUUCUGGACGUAAAGCCAGCAGGGAUGACAUCCGCCCAAAACAGGAGAUCCCUUGGGAAAAUGUUUCCUCACUCUGGGAAAUCCAUCGUCUUUGACAGCUUUCCAGAUCCAUCUGACACCUGGGAGAUCAUUGAAACAAUUGGCAAAGGGACUUAUGGGAAGGUUUAUAAAGUUCUUAACAAGGCCAAUGGCAGCAAAGCCGCCGUCAAAAUACUGGAUCCAAUCCAUGACAUCGAUGAGGAGAUUGAAGCCGAGUACAACAUCCUCAAAGCUCUCUCGGACCAUCCCAAUGUUGUCAAGUUCUUUGGGAUGUUCUUCAAAAAAGAUCUCAAAAUUGGCGAUCAGCUUUGGCUUGUACUGGAGCUGUGCAACGGAGGGUCUGUAACAGAUCUGGCUAAAGGCAUGCUGAAGAGAGGCGAUCGAGUGGAUGAGCCCAUCAUCGCCUUCAUCCUGCAUGAAGCUCUCAUGGGUCUCCAGCAUUUACACAUCAAUAAAACCAUUCACCGAGAUGUCAAAGGCAACAACAUCCUACUCACCACCGGAGGAAGCAUCAAGCUGGUCGACUUUGGGGUGUCAGCUCAGCUGACGAACACCCGUCUCAGGAGAAACACUUCGGUCGGGACGCCAUUCUGGAUGGCCCCUGAGGUGAUUGCUUGUGAACAGCAGCUGGACUCCACGUAUGAUGAGCGCUGUGAUGUUUGGUCUCUGGGUAUCACAGCUAUAGAGCUGGGUGAUGGAGACCCGCCCCUCGCUGACCUUCAUCCAAUGAGAGCUCUCUUCAAAAUUCCAAGAAACCCUCCACCCACCCUACAUCAACCUGAGCUCUGGACUACUGAAUUUAAUGAUUUUAUAUGCAAGUGUCUGAUAAAGGAUUUUGAGCUGAGGCCCAAUGUGUUUGACCUUCUUCAGCAUGUCUUCAUCACACAGAUUGUGGGACGAGAGAAGACGCUGCAGAAGCAGCUGAUGGAACUGAUCGACCUCAACCAACAAAUAGGCGUUAUCGAAAAAAUAAGGCAUGAGCGUAUUCACACCAAAAAAGGCAGCCACAUGACGUCUCAAAGUCAAACGUGUGACGACGUGGAUGAUCUCGCAACCCUAGAGUCUCUAGAUGAAAACACAGUCACUGAUCAACUCCAAAGGCGUUAUGCGAAGGACGAAAUCUACACCUACGUUGGAGACAUCCUUAUAGGGAUUAAUCCCUUCCACAAAACGGAGCUUUACACCCCCGAGCAUUCAACGAUUUACGUUGGAGCUAAAAGAGCGUCAAACCCUCCUCACAUUUAUGCGGUCGCAGACAUCGCAUAUCAGUCUAUGGUGUCUUAUAAUGCUGAUCAGUGUAUUGUCAUCAGUGGAGAAAGUGGAUCUGGGAAAACAGAGAGUGCCCACUUGUUAGUCCAACAGCAGACCGUUCUUGGAAAGGCUAACAAUCGGACUCUGCAGGAGAAGAUUUUGUUGGUCAACAGUCUGGUGGAGGCUUUUGGAAACGCCUGCACUGUGAUCAAUGAUAACUCCAGUCGCUUUGGGAAGUAUCUGGAGAUGAAGUUCACCUCUGGAGGGACCGUGGUGGGAGCACAGAUGUCUGAAUACCUCCUGGAGAAGUCCAGAGUCACAAACCAAGCUGUGGGAGAGCGUAACUUCCAUAUCUUUUACUAUAUCUAUGCUGGACUGGCAGAGAGAAAGAAACUUGCUCACUACAAACUAUCGGACAGCAAAACUCCAAAGUAUCUCCACAAUGAGAAUGUUAAAUUAGUGCCUGACAUUGUGGGGAACGGCUUCUAUAAAGAGCAGUUUGAGACGGUGGAACAAUGUUUCAAAGUCAUCGGCUUUACUCUAGAGGAGCUCGGCAGCGUCUACAGUCUCUUAGCCGGGAUCCUGAACACAGGUGAUGUCGAGUUCACCUCAGUCGCCUCUGAGCAUCAGACGGACAAGAGCAACAUUUCCAACAUGGCAGUACUAGAGAGCGCUGCAUCACUGCUGUGUAUCCGUGCGGAUGAGCUACAGGAAGCCCUGACGUCUCAUUGUGUGGUUAUGAGAGGUGAAACCAUCGUCAGGUCAAAUACAGUGGAGAAGGCCAUCGAGGUGCGGGACGCCAUGAGCAAAGCCCUCUACGGGCGUCUGUUUAGCUGGAUUGUCAACCGCAUUAACUCUCUACUAAAACCAGACGACCCAUCAGGCGAUGAAGAGAAGGGUCUUAACAUCGGUAUCCUGGACAUCUUUGGCUUCGAGAAUUUUAAACGAAACUCUUUCGAGCAGCUCUGCAUCAACAUAGCCAACGAACAGAUCCAGUUUUACUUCAACCAGCACAUCUUCGCCUGGGAGCAGGACGAGUAUCUAAAUGAAGAUGUGGAUGCUCGAGUGAUCGAGUAUGAAGACAACCGGCCUUUGCUGGAUCUGUUUCUUCAGAAGCCCAUGGGCAUGUUAUCUCUACUGGAUGAAGAGAGCCGCUUUCCUCAGGCAACCGAUCAGACGCUUGUUGAGAAAUUUGACGACAACUUGAAAUUUAAACACUUCUGGAGACCAAAGAGGGUUGAUCUGGGCUUUGGAAUCAAUCACUAUGCAGGCAAGGUGAUCUAUAAUGCCAGUGGGUUUCUAGCUAAAAACAGAGAUGCUCUGCCGGCUGAUAUUGUUCUGCUGCUGAGAUCCUCAGAGAAUGAACUGAUCAGUAAAUUGGUUACCCAUCCUCUAACGAAAACAGGUAACCUGGCCCACACCAAAGGCAAGGCUGCUGGAACUGCUCGUAUGGGCACAAAAUCAUCACAGCGCACCAUGAACUUUGCUAAGGCGGAGAGCACAGAGACCUCACACCACCCCAGAGAAUCGACCAACAUGAAGACACAAACUGUAGCUUCAUACUUCAGAUACUCACUUAUGGAUCUGUUGUCAAAGAUGGUGGCUGGCCAGCCUCACUUUGUGCGUUGCAUAAAACCCAAUAAUGAUCGGCAAGCUCAAAAGUUUGACCGGGAGAAGGUUUUGAUCCAGCUACGCUACACUGGGAUUCUAGAGAUGGCCAAGAUACGCAGACAGGGGUACUCCCAUCGCAUUCCCUUCAACAACUUCAUUGAGAGGUAUUCCAUUUUAGCGUUUAGAGCUACUGAAGAGCCAGUAGUCAGUCCAGAGACAUGUGCUGCCAUUUUGCAGAAAGUUGAACUAGAGAACUGGGUUCUGGGCAAAACUAAGGUAUUUCUUAAAUACUAUCAUGUGGAGCAACUGAAUCGGAUGGUGAGACAAACCACGGACCGAAUCAUUCUGGUUCAGGCGUAUGUACGUGGCCGGCUGGCAUUCAGACGAUAUCAGAAGAUCAUGGAGAAAAGAACACAAAGUGUUGUGUUAUUGCAGUCAGUGUGCAGAGGAUAUUUGGCAAGGCAGCAAUACAAGGCGUUACGAGAAGAGAAGAACAAAGCUGCAGCGAAGAUCCAGGCCCAUUACAGAGGACACAGAGAAAGGAAAAGCUUCCAAAGAAAAAAGGAAGCCAUGCAGAAAGAGAAGGCAGAGAAUGCAGAGGAACCAGCGGAGGUCCCACCAGAGUCGGAUCCAGUUUCAGAGGAGUCGCAGAAAGAAGAAGUAGUGGAAACAGAUGAUGCUGAGGGAAAGGCUGCUGUUGUCCUUCAGAGCAAUUACAGAGGCUACAGAGAGAGAAAGAAAUACAAAGAGCACCUAGAACAAAAUAAGACCUCGACUGAGGAUGAGCUCUCCGCUUCCUCGUCCACCCCAGCAGAAGAAAAUAAUUCUGGAGAAGAUCCAGAUAAAAAAGAGGAGGAACAGGAGAAGAAGGAUGAGACAGAAUCUGCUGGAGAAACAGCUAAUGGAGACUUUGAACAGGAAACUAAAGCAGCCACAGUUAUCCAGAGCAACUUCAGAGGUCACAAAGAGCGUAAACGACUCCAAGAAGAAGGUACGUUGCCUGUUAGAGGACAAAAGGAUAUUCCGUGUGUUCUAGGUGAUGAGGACCUGCCCAUUCCAGAUCCACCGACACCAGAGGAACUCAUGCAGCUCACAGAGAUAUCAGGACAGAGAGUCGAGGAAGCCUCGGGACAGGAAGAGACCAAAGCUGCCGUGGUCAUUCAGAGCAACUUCAGAGGCCACAAAGAGCGUAAACGUCUCCAGGAGGAAGGAAAAAUGCCGAGUAAAAAGGCAAACGAGGACUUGGCCAAAGCAGCCACUUCAGAACAUGAUACUCCCAUUGAGGAACUUCCCCCUCCUUUAGAGGAACUCGAGUCAGGUGAGACUGUUGCCGGUCCUUCAAGUGCGGAUGAGGAACACGCAGCCACUGUUCUCCAGAGCAACUUUAGAGGUCAUCAGGAAAGAAAGAGACUUAAAGUAGAGAGAGAGGGAGGAGAGCAGAAUCCAGCAGAAGAAGGGGGUGAGGAGGAAAUCGUUACAGAUAAUGAUGUUGAACUGGGGGAGGGAGAUACAGAGGUGAAGGUUCGGACUGGUCUGUAUGAUGAGGAGCAAGCAGCUAUUAUAAUCCAGAGCAAUUUCAGAGGUUACAAAGACAGAAAGAACCUGAAGUCCACAGCACAGCAACAGGAAGAUGAAGCCGAGCAGUUCUUUAAUCAGGUAUCCAAGAGCUCGGUGGAAUACCUUAAUUUGGAGCAGAAGUUGAAUGACAUCAUCCUCGCCCACCAGCUCAACCCCAGCAAAAAUGGGAUGUUUGUGAAGGGAGAAGGCGUGAAUGCUUUAAUGGGAUGUUAUGGAGCGCCAGUAGAUGCCAAACAACCACGAACGUCUCGCAGAAGCCAGCAACCCAAGACCCUGAAUACAUUAGAAGACUCCACAUACUACACACUCAUUCACAGGUCUGUUCAGGACGAUAAGAUGAGACCAAGAAAACAGAGCCCCAAAAGGCUGGACAAUGAUGACCAGUACUAUCAGGAUUUGUCCAUCAGCAAAGCACCAAGCUCUCUGCCCAGUGUCAGACGCCGGUCAACCAAACAGAGAGGAUCCAUGGAAAGGAGUUCUUCUGAGAUUCAACUGUCUGAUGUGCCUGAUAUACCUAAGGAUCCAAAAGCAAAGAGACACUCGUUUUCUAGAAUGCCCUCUACAGAGAGUCAAAGUGAAGACAACCCCUAUGACUACAGGAAGAUACUGAGGAAGACCUCCCAAAGACGAAAGCUCCUAACACAAACCUAAACCACUGGACAGAGAUGUGAAAUCCCCCAGUGCUUUUUAACUUAUCUAUUCUGUACAUACUUUACCGGUGGCCGAGCAAAACAUGCAUUUUAUUACACAUUUUAUAUUUGUCUAUCAUUACCUCUUAAGAUAUAUGAAUGGUUUACAAAAAAAACUGGCCUUUGUAUGAAUAAGUAAACCAAUGAAAGCUUUUUUUACCUUAACACUUAUUAAUCAAAGACUGAAUGAAAAUUUUAAAUAUUGUAGAUGUUUGAAUGGAUAGAUCCAAAGAGAUAUAUUAUAUUAUAACAUGACAUAUGUGUAGUCCUUAAUUAAAUCAUAGCUUAUGAAAUUCUGUCUAUGUGUUUAAAGACAUCAAUUGGUGAAUCUUAAUUUUAUGCUUUAACAUCUGUCUUGUUUGAGCUUUUUUAAAUUGUACAAUCCUGCAUGCUUUGAUAUAUCAACUGUCAUUUGUGCACACCAAAAAUAUGAUGUCAUAAAAAUGUGAAACAUAAUAGUUGCCCAGUCUGACACUCUCAAUCACAUAAAGGAGCAUGUUUAUUGCGUACACUGAUGUGAAUUAUACUUAAAUAAAUAUAUUAACUUUGAAUUUACUACCUGCAUAGUUGCACUUUAAAUAUAUGUAUCAUAUGUUUAUGUCUUUCUUUAUUGUAAAUAUUAUGAUAAAUUAUGUAAUUGGACAAUUUGUGAUACAAUAUACUUGUACAUAAUGGUGGUUCUUAUAUCC